CGGGCAGAGAGGCGGAGCUGAAACGUAAGACAGGAGAAGAAGAAGAAGAAGAAGAAGUAGAAGAAGAAGAAGAAGAAGAAGAAGAAGAAGAAGAAGAAGAAGAAGAAGUCGUCGUAGUCGUCGUCUCUGGCGACGGGUAGAGCCAACUGAUGGCAGCAUCGUAACAAACAACAGAAAGGCGAACAUCUGCAGACACUUGCUGGUUUGUGUCUUGUCCUCCACACAGAGAGAUGCUGACUUCAUCUUACCAGUGACCAAAGCUAGCCACCUCCACGCCAGCAGAGACAGGACAACGAGGAUCACACAGAUCAGAACCGGUCAUGGCUGCCAGACAACAAAAACCUGCAGCCGCUUCAGACGGCUCAGCACCAGCAGCAGAGUCCAAAAGGACAGACAUCAGGGCCAAUGAGAAGAAGUGCUCUUGGGCCUCCUACAUGACAUAUUCUCCAACCGUGAUCGUGAUGAUCGGACUGCCUGCCAGGGGGAAAACCUACAUGUCCAAGAAGCUGACACGCUACCUCAACUGGAUUGGAGUGCCAACUAAGGUAUUUAACCUUGGAGUGUACAGAAGAGAAGCAGUGCAGUCAUACAAGUCCUAUGACUUCUUCAGACAUGACAAUAAAGAAGCAAUGAAAAUUAGAAAACAGUGUGCCUUGGUGGCACUGGAGGAUGUCAAGGCCUAUCUGAAUGAGGAGGGAGGCCAGAUCGCUGUUUUUGAUGCCACCAACACCACCAGAGAGAGGCGGGAACUCAUCCUUAAUUUUGCAAAGGAUAAUGCAUACAAGGUGUUUUUUGUAGAAUCAAUAUGUGACGAUCCAGAUGUCAUCGCUACAAAUAUCCUGGAUGUGAAGGUGUCCAGCCCAGAUUACCCUGAGAGGGACAGAGAAAGUGUCAUGGAGGAUUUCCUGAAGAGAAUAGAGUGUUAUAAAGUGACGUACCAACCUUUAGAUCCGGACGAACACGACAAGAACCUCUCCUUCAUCCAGGUCAUCAAUGUCGGCCGUCGUUUCUUGGUCAACAGGGUGCAGGACUACAUCCAAAGUAAAAUCGUGUACUACCUCAUGAACAUCCACGUACACUCCCACUCCAUCUACCUCUGCCGGCACGGAGAGAGCCAACACAAUGAGGAGGCACGCAUCGGAGGGGACUCUGAACUGUCAAAGAGAGGGAGACAGUUUGCAGCAGCACUGAAGGUUUUUGUGGAAGAGCAUCGUCUGUCAGACCUGAAAGUUUGGACCAGCCAGCUGAGACGCACGAUUCAGACAGCGGAGGAGCUGGGAGUUCCCUACGAGCAGUGGAAGAUCCUUAAUGAAAUAGAUGCUGGAGUGUGUGAAGAGAUGACUUAUAAGUUGAUUGAGGAAACAUACCCAGAGGAGUUUGCCAUGAGGGACCAGGACAAGUACCAUUACCGCUACCCUGGAGGAGAGUCCUACCAGGACCUGGUUCAGCGGCUGGAGCCAGUUAUCAUGGAGCUGGAGCGACAGGGCAACGUGCUGGUCAUCUGUCAUCAGGCCGUCAUGCGCUGCUUGCUAGCAUAUUUCCUGGACAAGAGCGCAGAUGAUCUACCGUACUUAAAGUGUCCCCUGCACACUGUCCUAAAACUGACCCCUGUGGCUUAUGGUUGCAAAGUUGACAUGUUUGACUUGAAGGUGGAGGCUGUCAACACUCACAGGGACAGACCAUUAAAUAAAGUCAAAGCAGAUACCGUGCCACCGGGUUUCCACCGUCGAAACAGCUUCACCCCUCUGUCAAGCCAAGACCAGAUAAAACGACCUCGUCUUUACAGCGUGGAUAACUCUCUGCAUGUCCGCAUUUCCCAUGCACCCACUUUACCCAGUAUGCUGUUCUCUGAGGCAUCCGAGGGGGCAGAGCUGCUGCAAAGUGAGGUCAGUGCUGACACGAUUAACGGUUUCACUGCUGCAGACACGCAGGACUGUGAGAGUUGAAGAGGCGUUCCUCCACAUGGAUGUAUCACCAGUUCUGAGGACCAGCAGUAAAAUCCAAACCAGCUUCAGCCAGUACAAAUACAUUCACAAGCACUGUAUUACACAGCAUUUCUGUUUAGCCCGGUGUGUUAUCUCUUUAGUAUUUAGUGUGUGCACAUACAUACAUACAUACAUACAUACAUGAUCUCAAUGCCUUUGCACAAUAGCCUUCAUAUCUAGGCUGUGUUACACCCCAGAUAUCUGUUGUAAAAAGAUCUGUAAGUAAAGAAAACCCAUCCAUUAGCUCCAGGCACACUCCACAAACUGUAGUCUACAGUCAUAUGAUGCUGUAUUAUUAUAUGUUAUGUAGAACAUAUUGAUUGUAAAUUGUAUACCUCAUUGGAAGAUCAUGCCUUCAAUUUAAGUUUAAGACUUUGCCUCUCUUGAAGGACGCCAUGCAUAGCCUUUGUCUGAACCCAUGUGCUCUCUUAAAGUUACCUUUUUAAACAUUCCCAGGUUAUCUAUCGCCUUUCUCAGGUUGUCUGAGAUGUAGACGUAGUAGUCAUUUUAUUUUGAAGGAUGAUUUAAAGCCUAUUAAAGUGCCGCUUAGCUCACAGCGGGCAGACACAAGCUGUAGAAAAAGUAAAUGUUUCGUCUAGCCCUAUAAGAAGUGCAGCAGUCACUUUUUGCCUUCUACUCAAACAGCUGCCUACUGUGAUUAUCUAACAUGGAUCUGAUUUGAACUCCACAAAAGUGAUGCAAAUAUUUCAAGCGCUGCUCAAGUGUGCAACAGCAGUGGAUAUUUUGUUUUAAUAUGAGUGUUAUUGUAUUGAAUCUGACCAGGAUUUUUUGUUUGUUUAUAAGGAAAGGCGAAUCACUGUACAUCUGAACAAAGAUACGCAUGCACAAGAGCUACGUAGUUUUUCAUCAUUCUCAUGACUUUGAUUUUAAUGGCUGGUAUAAAUAAUUUGUUUUAAAAAAAAAGUGCCUUUAUUUAAAGGACUACAAUGCUGUGACAAUAGUAAUCAAGAUUAUGUAAAAAUAUUUUAGCAUAUACUGUAUAUGAUAUGCAAAUGUAUGUUUCACCUUAAAGGUCCAGUGUGUAGGAUUUAGUGGUAUCUAGUGGUGUAGCUG